AUGUCGGACGCGAAGAUAAAAGAUUUGCUUACUAAACGUAGCUCAGUUAAAGGACGUUUAACCAAAUUUAAAAAUUAUUUAAGCUACUUAGACAACCCAAGCAAGCUCGAUGAGGUCGAGAUAUCGAAAUUAAACAUACAACUCGCUAAAAUAGAGAAUUUAUCAAAAUCUUUUGAGGAUUUGCAAACUCAGAUAGAAGUUUUGAAUUCGGCACAGUUGGAUGUGGAGAUCGAUGAGCGUGAUAGCAUUGAGGUCGAAUUUGCUAGCCUCAUUGCCACCGCUCAGCGUUUUCAAAAUAAAUACAAUGAAGCUAAUACUUCGCACGCCAUCGAUGCUCAUAGUAACUCAUCGCAAUGUUGUCAUGAACAAUCAGGAAUAGGUUUCAAACCUCCAACUCUGCAAAUAGGGAAAUUUGAUGGAAGCUACUAUAAAUGGCUUGAGUUUAGGGAUCUAUUUUGUUCACUUGUCCACGAUAACAAGCAAAUUCCGGCCACCAUCAAAUUUUGCUAUCUGAAUUCCUACUUGGAGGGGGAGGCCGCUCGGGUAAUAAGCAAUUUGGAGGUAACCGAGUCUAACUAUAACAUGGCUUGGCAGUUACUGUAUGAGCGGUACGAUAACAAAAGAGUUUUAAUAAAGAGUCAUCUAAAUUCUCUUUUUAACUUUGACAGCAAGGCAACAGAUCGUGAAAGCGAAAGGUCGCUUAGGUCUAUUAUUGACAAUGUAAAUAAAAAUUUACGUGCGUUGUCUACCCUUGGCGAACCUACUUCUAAAUGGGAUACAAUUAUAAUUCAUUUAGUCACUUCGCAGCUAGGGAGCGUAACUAGUAUGAAAUGGGAGGAGCACAGGAACAAUCUUCCUGAUUCACCUACUUUAGAGCAAUUUAACAAGUUUCUUAAGGAUCGUGCAGACAUUUUAGAAACAUAUAACCAUAGUAAGUCAAGGUUCGAUUCCUUGUCUCACCCUAACACAAACAAGUCUAAUAAAGGACAUAAGGGGGGACAGACUCGAGGUUCAUUUUCAGCACAACUUAUUACUCAGGACAAUAUGAAAAAUUGUGUAGUUUGCAAUGGCCAACACCGUAUUUAUGAUUGUUCCAAUUUUAAGUCUAAGUCGGUAGUGCAACGGCAAGAGCUCGUCUCUAAAUUUAAGCUUUGCCGCAAUUGCUUGCGUACUGGACAUACAAGCUACACAUGUCGUCUUGGUUCGUGUCGCAAAUGCAAAGGGCGACAUAAUACUUUGCUUUGUAAUAAUAGUUGCAAAUCGUCAGAUGCUACUACCCCUAACACGUCUAUUCCAGCAACUUCUGUCCAUCAACAGGAUGUGAACGUUAAUUUUGCCAGUAACAAUAACAACAAAUUAACUUUAUUAUCUACAGCUAUAGUUAGGGCGUUAAAUCCUAUUACUAAUAAAGGCGAGCUGGUGCGCGUGUUACUGGACAAUGGUAGUCAAUCAAGUUUAAUUUCUCAAAGAUUAAGAGACAAGCUAUGUUUACAGUCUACUUCUACGGAACCUGUCCAAGUUAUAGGUAUCGGAAAUGCUAGUUCUCAUUGUGUCCAAGCCAACUGUACAAUUCAAUUACAAUCGCUGCACAAUGAUUUUUGCGUCGAUGUAACAUGUCCGGUGCUACCAGAACUGACUGGCAAUAUUCCUAGGUUUUUUAUAAAUACUAAGAUUCUCAAUAUACCUAUGGAUGUUCAGUUAGCCGAUCCAACGUUUUACAAGCCAUCGCCAAUAGAUGUGCUAGUCGGCGCUGAUCUAUUUUGGAGCAUCAUAGGUAGCGAGCGUAAGGAUCUAGGUUCUAAUAAGCCAUAUCUAAUAAACUCUGAGUUCGGGUGGAUUUUAUCCGGCUCUUUAUAUUUGAACUCUCAAUUAUCUACUAUUAAUUGUAAUUUUCAAACUUUAAGUACACAAUCCAACGAUCUUAAUAAACUAAUUGAACGAUUUGUUGAGCUAGAAGAACUACCUCUAAGGCAAAUAUUAAGCGAGGACGAGAAAGCGUGUGAGCAACAUUUUAAGACUCACACUUCUCGCGAUUCCUCGGGUAGAUUUUGUGUUCGUCUACCUCUCAAAGACUCACCAGACAAUUUAGGCAACUCUUACGUUCAAGCUAGGACUAGGUUUUUAAAUCUUGAAAGACGUUUUAAAGCACAACCUCAGCUUAAGACACAAUACGUCGAAUUCAUAAAUGAGUAUAUCAAGUUAGGUCAUUGUUCUGUGCUACAAGGUCCACGACCAAAUCCGUGCUAUUAUUUAUGCCAUCACGCAGUACUACGACAAACCAGCGAGUCAACUAAAUUAAGGGUAGUGUUUGAUGGAUCUGCGCACACUUCAUCUGGUAUUUCCAUUAAUGAUUUACAGUUUAAUGGCCCGACGGUUCAAGAUUCCCUGUUCUCCAUUUUAUUGCGUUUCCGCCAACAUAGAUACGUGCUGACUGGUGACAUCGAAAAGAUGUUUCGCCAAAUUACUGUGCAUGAAAUGGAUCGCAAUCUUCAAUUAAUUUUAUGGAGAUCCGACGAGUCGCAGCCUAUUCAAACCCUUAGACUAAAUACGGUCACUUACGGUUUCGCAAGUGCCAGUUAUCUUAGCACUAAGUGCAUCUGGCAGUUAGGAGAAGAGUGUGCGGAUGAACAAAUUAAAACAAUAAUUCAGCACGAUUUUUACAUCGAUGACUUGUUGACAGGAGCCGAUUCAAUCCCGCAAUUGGAAAAUAUUUUAAAAUCUGUUGUUUCAGUGUUAAGUUCUGGUUGCUUUCCACUUAGAAAAUUCAAAUCCAAUGUGCCUUCCAUCUUUGAAAAUUCAUUAAUAAAUACUUUAGAUCCAUUAAUAUUAAGUGAGUCUACGAACGCUUUAGGUUUACAAUGGCAACCACUUAAUGACACCUUGCACAUAUUAACAAAUAUACCUUACGAUAGUAACGAUCAAGCAACCAAGAGGAUAAUUUUAUCACAUUCGUUUAAAAUUUUUGAUCCUCUUGGCCUCGUUAGCCCAUGUACCAUUCGAACUAAGCUUCUUAUGCAAGAACUAUGGCUUCGUAAGGUGGAUUGGGAUGAACCCGUUCCCCUUGACUUAAAGCGUACUUGGGAUGAAUUGAAAAUUGAUUUGGUGGUAUUGGAAUCAGUCAAAAUUUCUAGAUUUGUUUUAUGCAAUUCACCCGAUACCGUUGAAAUGCAUUCGUUCAGCGACGCAUCUAUAUCGGCCUACGGAGCAUGCGUAUAUCUUAGAUCUAUUGACUCAAAUGGCAACGUAGUGGUCAGAUUGCUUUGCUCUAAGUCGAAGGUAAAUCCAAGCAAACCCAUCACCAUUCCUCGUUUGGAAUUGCUAGGAGCUUUACUCGCUGCUCGGCUUUGCAAAUCAGUGCUAGAAUCUUUACGAUGCAACAUAACUCGAAUUGUACACUGGUGUGAUUCUAGUGCUAGGGUGGUUGAAUACAAGUCCAAAUAA